AUGACCAGCAUUCCAUGUGCACACGAAUCCACCAUUUCGUACCGAUUCCCAUCGUCAUCUGGGAGCCCAUCCCCUCCCCCCAUCAUACCAUCGUCGCCCGAUCUGGCGCAUCAAAACGAACCCGGACCCUCCAACCCCUACCUCGCCCUCCCGCCGCCUGAAGACGAGAUCCCCGACCUUGGCGAGUUACCCUCCGAACAACCACCCUCGCCCCCACCUACCGCACCUGCUCCUACCAUGUCAGGACAUCACCGCAUCACUCUCGCUGCCAACCCCCCCUACUUCGAUGGCGACAAGUCCAAAUACCUGGGCUUUGUGGACGCGUGCACCACUUACAUCGGUGCCUAUCGGUCAGAGUUCUCGCUGGACGAGACGAAAAUCCUCUUCGUCCUGUCCUACCUCCGCAAUGAGAGCGGCACAAGCUGCGCCGCCUCAAGAUGGGCGAUGAACUGGAAGCAGCACAAUUUCGAGGGCUUCCAAGGACUAAAGGCGGGAGUCACCGCGACAAGCUUCUUGGAGGAGCUUCAGAGGGCCUUUGGGGAUUCUAACGCAGAGCAAGUCGCUGCCGCCCGACUCAUGGCCCUUCGCCAGGGCAGACGGUCCUUCGCGGACUACAUCUCUGACUUCGAAAUGCUGGCUGCGGACGCGGGGUACAACGUGGUCGCCUCAACUGAUGACAAGGGCGAGUACAAGAAGGGGGAUCAGGACAACAUCCUCAUCGAGUUCCUCGAGCGCGGACUCAGCAGCGAAAUUGCAAGCCGCCUCUACAACACCGGCGUCCCCCUGCCCAAGGCAUAUGGUGCCUUCAAGAACUGGUGCGUCAACAUCGAGGCCAAUGCCUUGCGCGAUCAGCUGCGUAAGGCAUCUUAUGCGCACUCAACUCCGCGGCCCCCACCCCAAUUCCGCCCUCAGGCUGCACCAUCAGCACCUGCACCCGCUCCGGCCCGACCAGCGGCCAAUGAGCCGGUUCCGAUGGAGAUCGAUCGCACCCACGCCCGUGGCCGCAAUAUCAUCUGCUACAACUGUCAGCAGCCUGGGCACAUUGCGCGGAACUGCCCUGAGCCCAAGAAGAAGCGCACGUUCUUCAAUCGGGCCACAAUGCUAGAAGAGAUCGAGAACGGGGACAAGGACAACGAGUUCCUGAAGGAGAUCGCCGAGAAGCUGCGCGAGAAGGGUUUUUGA